AUGUUGCACCUCAAGCACCUCGGCCCGCUCGGCCUUGAGCGCCUCACCGACGUCCUCAACAUUUCGCUUGCGUGCUGCUCCAUACCGGCCAUCUGGAAGAUGUCGACCAUCAUCCCUCUUCCCAAUGCCGGAAAGGACCCGUCGCAGUCGACGUCGUACAGGCCAGUAUCACUGCUGUGCCCGGCAGCCAAGGUGCUAGAAGCUCUACUCCUCCCGUCGGUCACGGAGCACAUGCCGCCAGCAAGCCACCAGCACGGCUUCCGCCCUCUGCACUCCACCAC